UGUUUUUGUAAAUAAUAGUUUAUUUGGGUUUACAAAAUAUACAUCCUAAAAUGUGUCUUCAAUCUUAUCUAUAAAAUGCUCCAAGAUCAUUAUUGGAUGUUUUGUUAUCAUCCAAUUAUAGUGACUACAACUACACUUUAUUGCUGACCUCCAUGUACUGAUAUGUUUACAUACAUACUCACGAGUUAAAUCAACAGCAAGUACAAUCUAUAUAUAACAUUAUAAUUAUGCAGGUUGAAAUACCUUUUAAUUGGUCUAUUUGUGUAUAUGGGAUGAGGAAAACAAGACACAAUUUUUGCAUAACUUUAUAUUCAACUUGAAUCUUAUAGGAACAUGUAGUACUUAAUACUUAUAUGCCAUGACUGUGUAUCUGAAAGCUACUCCAGAAACAAAGCUCUAUAAAAUUAAUAGUUACCACAUUAUGUAUAAAUAAGUUCAUUUAUCAGUUUUAUUUUGUGAUUAUAUAGAGUAAAGGUUGAUAUAUAGAAUUAUUGCAUGUGGUAAGAAACAUAUGAAACAAAUAUUCAGAUGAUUGAUGGUUUUGUACUGAUUAGUUGCUUUUGUAUUGAAGUAAAUCAAUAUCUUUUAGAUGAGUUAUCUUUUUUAUAUGUGGAUGAAAUCCUAUCAGAGAUUUCUAAUAGAUACAAGAAUAAUAUAUAUAGGUAUAUGUGUACAAUGCUAAAUGCCUCAAGAUUUAAAAUGGCAAACAGGCUUGAUUUGCUGAUUUUGGGUGCAACAGGCUUUACAGGAAAGUAUUGUAUACCUUAUGUUUAUAAGUUAUCCAAAACAGAUGGAAAGAAUCUGUCAUGGGGUAUUGCUGGCAGGUCAGAAGAGAAACUUAAGGAAGUACUAGCUGAAAUGAGUAAAAAAGUUGGAGCAGAUCUGUCAAACAUCCCAAUUGUAAAAUGUGACAUCAAAGAUGAUGAGUCCCUAAAGAAAAUGGCUGAGAAGACCAAAGUAGUCAUAAACUGCUGUGGGCCAUACAGAUUUCUUGGGGAGCCAGUAGUCAAAGCCUGUAUUGAGGUUGGGACCCAUCAUGUAGAUGUUAGUGGAGAACCGCAGUACAUGGAAAAGAUGGAGCUGGAAUACAAUAAUGCUGCAAAGGAAAAGGAAGUGUAUGUUGUCAGUGCCUGUGGCUUGGAUAGUAUCCCAACAGAUUUGGGAAUUGUAUUUCUUGAGCAGAAUUUUAAAGGUGUUUUGAAUUCUGUUGUAACAUACAUUGAAGCAUGGGAAGAGGGAGAACCAACUCCUGGCCCAUCUGUUAAUUAUGGAACAUGGGAGUCUGCUGUUUAUGGGUUAGCACAUUGGGAUGAGCUCAAAGAUUUGAGAAGGAAACUAUAUAAAGAAAAAUUGCCUACUUUUGAACCCAAGCUUAAGCCAAGUGUGAUUCCUCAUCAGCCAUCAGUGGUAGAAGGUUGGUCUUUACCCUUCCCAGGAGCUGAUCGUUCUGUUGUAAAACGAACUCAGCGCCAUUUUUACGAAAGAGACAAUAAAAGACCAAUCCAAGUUGACACACAGUUUGUUGUCAAGUCUUUGCUACAUGUAAUCUUGAUGGGAAUUUGUGGAGCUAUUUUCCAAAUCCUUUGCAAGUUCGAGUUUGGAAGGAAACUGUUGUUGAAUUAUCCAGAAGUAUUCAGUUUGGGUAUGUUCAGCAAGCAAAGUCCAUUAGAAAAGAAGAUAGAGAAGAGUUGGUUCCAAGUGACACUGUAUGGUGAAGGUUGGAAAGAAAAAUUGGCUGAUAAAAAUGAUCAGUACAAAACGCCGUGUGAUCAGUACAUUGUGGGGCGUGUCAAGGGCAAGAAUCCUGGAUAUGGAGCCACGUGUGCAUGUUUGGUCGGAUCUGCUGUGAUGAUUGCAACUGAAAAGGAUAAAAUGCCUGGAAGCGGUGGCGUCUUUACUCCUGGGGCUGCCUUUGCUAAGACAUCAUUGAUCAAACUCCUGAAUGAGAAUGGUGUCACAUUUGAUAUUAUUGAGCAACAAGAUAUACAUAAAAAAUAAUGCUUUGGAUAUUCUUCUGGGUGCUGACAUAUAUUUUAUAUAGGGCGUAAAUGUAGUGUUUUAGAUGUCAGUAUUAGUUUUUUUGUGCUAUAUUUUUAACAAGUAUAUAUUUUAUCGAUAUAAUAUAAAAUGAAUCUAACGAUUUCUAACUGAAGUGCAUUUACAGUUUGUCAUAUCUUAUUAUACUAGAAACUGUUAUUUCUGUGGUAGGGAUUAACCAAAGAUAAAUAUAUUGUUUCUAUUUUUGGAA